AUGGCGACCCCCAAUUUCGACCCUUCGAUGCAGAGGAAGCUGGAGGCCCCAAUGCCGUUGAUCGGCAUGUACGUCGCCCUCGCCUCCUUCGCCUGCUCCGUCUCAUUGGCCGCCGAUCUCAUUCACGGAUUCCGGAGCAACAAGUUCUGGUUCCCUUCCAAAUACUUCUCUCUCAACGCCACCUCCCUCACGCUCCUCUCCGUCGCUCUCAAGCUGCCCAUCGAUCUCACCACCAACAUGACCGCCGUCACCGACCGCCUUGCCAAGAUCAGCAGCCUCGCUCUCAUGUCCACCGCCAUGGCCAACUUAGUGCCGUCGCUGGGGUCCAUGAGGGACGCCGACAUUCUCAUCAACGUCACUGCAUUGAGCAUUUUCAUCGUCACCGUUGUCAAUGACGUCUGUAUCCAGAUCGUCGGGACGCGGUCGUUCCUCCACCACCGCGUCCUCCUCCCCGAGGAGAUCCUCGCUCUCAUCCUUAUGCUCAUCCUGCUUCUCGUGCUCGGCUCCACUGCAGUCAUGGUGCUCACCACCAAGAAAUGCCUCGAGACCAAGUAUCAGGAGAGGCACAAUUUUGCCGAGAGCCAGGAAUUCUCCGACAUCGGGGCCGCCGUGGUCGAUAAGCUUAGGAAUCUCGUGAACAAGUAUUGGGUGAUGGCGGAGACCAGCAGCCCUCAGUUCGUCAUCACUCGUUCCUCCGCCUGCGCCUCCGCCGGCGUCAUCUGCCUUGCCAACGCUCUUAUCCUUGCGCAGGCUAUUGUGCGCGCAUGGGUGGCGCAUCGUAGCCUCGGCCGGACCGGUUCGAUCUACGGCUGCUCCACUAUAUGGAUUCUACUGGUGCAGACAAUUGGAGUAAUUUUCGGCACAAUCUCUACUUCAUUCAGAUGGCUCACAGCCGUCCGAUUCAGAUGCUCCGUCGCCGACGGCAGAAGCUUGAGCCGCGAAUUCAAGGUCGAGGAUUAUUGGACUAGGAAGCUCGUGGAAUUUCAAGGAAGCCCGAUUUCUCCAUUAAUUAGGCACCGCGGAUGCAGACGAUUUCUCUAUACCGCGAGAGGAUUCAUUGUGGAUCUCCUUCUCAGAGCUCAAAUUUGUGUUGUUCUGUUUAACAAGCUAGUUCUCGUAAUCUCAUGCUGCAUAGCAGGCGCCGUCAUCAACAUUAUCCAAAUGAUUUUGAGUUCUUCUGUGGAUUUUAGUGCGAGACAAGUAGGCCGCGACUUCCUGCAAAGCGUGAGGCCUAAUUCUCUGCGCCUUGAGGGGGAGGCGGAUUUGCCUGACUACAUGCUGCAGAGCAUUCCAAAACAGGUCGACAAAGUUCUAGAAGCUGCUAGAAGGCAGAAGCCUUGUAGCUUGAUUAAUUUCUUGCGCGAUUCAAGCUUCAAAGGAGUGGCUGAAUUCGACAGCCUUGGAGUCCCAAGCAUACACAGUAAGGAGCCCAAGAACUGCUGGUCUCUCGCUGUGGUUACUCUCACAAGCAUUGCGGCGGCGCUCCCUCACAUCGAGAAAAGCAAGGUCGAUCAGCUGGUGGAGGAUGUAAGAGACGGUCUCUUCUUCGUGAAGAUUGUGGAAGAGAGCUUCUACGCGAAGGACGAGUGGAAGAACAUAAGGAAAGCUGCUGAUUUCUGGUUGAGAGUCGAUCUAUUCCGGAAAUGGCAAGAAAUCGACCUCGCUGAGAUCUCUUGUAGCAGUCCUAACUCCCAACACGCGCUGCAGAAGCUAGCGCGUGAAAGCGAAAAAAUCGCGUCUGCUUUGAAAACAGACGUGCCUGAUUGCCCCAUGUUCAACCCUGCGAACUGGAAGCCCGAGAUCAUCGCCGCGAACUCAAUGUACAGGAUCAGCAGCACGAUUUUGGACGGCUGUGAUGAGGAGAACGCGGUGACGGAUGAGGAACUGUUUGUUCGGUUAAGUAGAAUGAUUGCAGACAUUUUGGCGGCGUGCCUCAGCAAUUUAGGGCGGGUGAUAGACAACAAGUGUCGCCUCAAAGCGAUUGAGGAGAGGGAGAGGAGCGUGUGUGAGGCUGCUCUACUCUUGGGAAGAAGUGAAGAGAUGCUCGAUUUUCUACUGGAUCGCCAUCUGCCUGCGGGGUUGAAUCCGGAUUAUGAUGCUGCGUAUAUUGAGGAGUGGCGCAGCGCGAUGCUGCUGGAAAUAGAGGUGAUGAGUUCGGAUGCGAUCACACCUACGUCAUGCAUUGGCACGGCGUCGUCGGAGGGUAGAGGUAGCUGCUAUUCGAGUGGAGCGAUCACGCUAAUGGAGCAUCUGCAGAGAAGUUUUCAGGCUAGGAAUCUUGAGUUUUGA